AUGGAUUAUGACGUUUCAAGCAAGCAGAAUGCACUCAAUGAUCUGCGUCAUCUUACGGACAUUAAAUUGAAGAAACUUGCUGAUGUGGAGCAGAAGAUUAGAGCAGUCAAAGAUCGAAUGGAUGGCUAUUCAUUCUUCUCCCCAAAAGAACUGGAAGUAAUGCAGUUUAUUCGCACCUUGGAAAAUAAUCUGGACAAGGCGAACAUGAAAGCAACAGAAGCACUUCACGUAGGGCACGCCUACGAAGCCAUCAAAGAUAAACUUAAAGGAGAACGCUCGACUUACGGCCCAACACUUGAGUCAAUGGAGGCGGAGAUUCGUCGGUGCAGUGUCAAAUUGAAACAACUCAAGGAGGUCUGCAUCGACGCCGUGCGCCAAAGGGACGAGACACUGGGUGAGCUGAGACGUCUUGAGGAGCUGUUGUACGCCUACCAAAAAAGACGGGAACUCGAGCUCCUUAACAUGAGACGGAUGCUGGACUCAUACAAGGAGCAACCAACGCCCAUGAAGGCUCUCGUUGAGAACGAACAAUUGACGGGUGAUGAUCCUACUGUAACAGACGAGCAGGGCUUGAUGGCUAGUCUCGAGGACGUGUACAAGGAAUUGAAGUCAGUGACUGGUGUCUCGAAUCAUAACGACAUGGAGAAGAUGUUUGUCCAACUUGAAAAUUCAACCACCAGUCUCCGACAACUUUCCCAAGAGGCAGAGGUAAAACAAAAGUCUCUCCAGGAUCAAAAUGACCAAUUAAAGGCCGCCUACCUCGAACUGAAAAGCAUUGGUGACUUCAAACUCUCUAAGAUUUCAGCCCAUGAAAGAAAACAAGGCCACAUGGACGCGCUCAUUGAAAAGAAGAACUCGAUGCAGGCUGAGCUGAACCGACUGAGACAACAGCUAACGUAUGCGCGUUUAGCUAUUGAGCACAUUUAUGUGAAGCUACAAAUGACUCCAAGCACAACAAAAAGCGCCAAAAAGCAGGCUGCAGUAAUUCUCAAGCAUUUGACUGAGAUCAACUUGCCAGAUAUUAUGCUCCAGUGCAUGGAGUACCAGGACCAAUUGGAUAACGAUCUAGAUGGUUACGACUUGGUAUCAGAAAUAUCCAAUAUGAAUCUCGAAAAGGUUAGUUAA